UCAGACCCUUUCUGCAUCACCAAAACAGCCCAACAGUCCAAUAUGCCCUCUUCAAGGUGCGACGGUGUCGUGGGCACCAGGCUCUCCAACAAGUAACCGAAGCUCUCCAAACGCAUCUAGUUUUACCAGCAAUGGAGGGCACGAACAACACCACGGCCUGGCCUCAAUUUGACAACUCUUCCAACAAAACCGUGAGACCCGAAGACGAAGAAGUGAAGCUGAGUUAUCAAGUGAUCACAUCCUUCUUGCUUGGCGCGCUCAUCCUGUGCGCAAUAUUUGGGAACGCGUGUGUGGUUGCAGCCAUAGCUUUGGAACGGUCUCUGCAGAAUGUGGCCAACUACCUGAUCGGUUCACUGGCUGUUACUGACCUGAUGGUGUCGGUGCUGGUGCUGCCCAUGGCGGCGCUUUACCAGGUCUUAAACCGGUGGACUCUCGGGGAGGUUCCGUGCGACAUCUUCAUCUCCCUGGAUGUGUUGUGCUGCACCUCGUCCAUCCUGCACCUGUGCGCCAUCGCUCUGGACAGAUACUGGGCAAUAACCGAACCCAUAGAUUACAUGAAGAAGAGGACACCGAGAAGAGCUGCGGUUCUAAUUAGUGUCACUUGGCUCGUCGGGUUCUCCAUCUCAGUGCCGCCUAUGCUGAUCAUGCGCUCUCGACCCAGCAGCAUGGCAGAGGACAGGGCGAACCCUAAAGAGUGUAAAAUCAGGCAAGACCCUUGGUACACGAUAUACUCCACAUUCGGGGCUUUUUACAUCCCACUGACAUUGAUGUUGGUUUUAUACGGGCGGAUAUUCAAAGCUGCCAGGUUUCGGAUCAGGAGGACGGUGCGUAAAAACGAGAAAAAGAAAGUGUCUGACUCUUGCUUGGCUUUAUCCCCCACUCUGUUCCAUAAAAAGGCUCCCGGAGACGUGCAAAGCAAGAGUUGGAAAAGGACCGUUGAGCCCCGGCCGCUGCCGAGUGUCAAUGGUGCGGUGAAACACACGGAGGACGGGGAGUCUCUGGAGAUCAUCGAAGUUCACAGCAACUCUAAAGGCAAUCUGCCACUGCCCCACACCCCGAGCUCCGUGCCACUGUUCGAGAGCAGGCACGAGAAAGCAACCGAGGCGAAGCGGAAGAUCGCGCUGGCACGGGAGCGCAAAACGGUGAAGACUCUAGGCAUCAUCAUGGGCACCUUCAUCCUCUGCUGGCUUCCCUUCUUCAUCGUCGCCCUGGUCAUGCCUUUUUGCCAGGAGUCGUGCUACAUGCCCCGCUGGCUGGCGGAUGUUAUAAACUGGCUGGGCUACUCCAACUCUUUACUCAACCCCAUCAUCUACGCAUACUUCAACAAAGACUUUCAGAGCGCUUUCAAGAAAAUAAUCAAGUGUCAUUUCUGCAGACCAUGAUGGGCUCGGUUUUUUUGGUGUCAGAAGGCUAUAGACUCCCCGGAUCUUUGAGUUUUGACCCUAAGAGAUCAGAGAAGCAUCUCUAAAAGCCACCAAGCAUUAAAAGUGGCAUAAACAGGUUUUUGUG